AUGGCUGCUAUUGGAGUCCAUUCCAACAACCUAAACCUUUUAGAAUCACUUAUCCUUCAUGUAAAAAAGCUCAAUAGAAAUAUAGAUGAGAAUCAUUUGAAGGAAAUUUUCAACAUUGCUUUUCACGGAACUGUCUCGAGUAGAGGACUAGCUUUGGAAGACAGGGAUGCUUGUCCAUCAACUUGGAGGCCUUCUGCAUUUUCCUCUUUGGAUUGUGCCCAAAUUACUGCGUAA